CCCCUUUGAUACGUGACAACCCCACAGUGGGAUCUGCCCUAAAACUACCCAUAUAGUUGCUCUGUUAGUGUCAGUCCAUGUGGGGAAUUCAGGGGUCUACCCAGUUCAGUUCCUCUAGGUGAGUUCUGAGGGCACCCCACAGUGGGAAUAGCUAACCACAGUGGCCCUUUGUUGUCAGCCCAUGUAGGGAAUCCAACAGUCUGCCAAGUGCCUCAUGGGGAUUUCUACGGGCACUCCAUAGUAUCAUGUGCCCAAAGACCACCCACAAUUGCCCUGUGUCAGCCCAAAUGAACAAUCCAACAGUUUUCGCAGAAGAAUUUCUCAACGUGACUUCUAUGUGCCCAAAGACUACCCACAGAUUGAGUGAUUUUUGGGUUAAAUUGGGCAGAACGCUGGAUUUCCCACAUGGACUGACACCAACAAGGCCACUGUGGGGUGGCCAUAGAAAUAAGCACAGUUAACACAUAAGUGCAAACAUCCACUGGGCUGGCGCAGGGCCUCCCACAAGGGCUCAGAAUAGAUGGAUUUAGGCAGAUAUAUGUCGGUGGGUGGCUCUGAACUAAAUCCCAAAGGGGCCCACGUGGGAAAAGACAUAUAAACCCCAUUUAAACUUAAGAUCCUCGUGUGCUAACUCUGGGGUGAGUGUAGAUUUUCCCUGCCUAUUCACCCCAGACACAGCCCACUAAAGCCCAUGGUGGGGCCAGAGGAGCACGGUUGCGGGGUGUCUUUGGACUCUCCAAAUGAUGGUGCCCACAUGUGCCCUACAUAGGUCUGACUGUGGGCAACCCUUCGUGGGUCACACUUUUGCCCAGAGAGAUCCCACAUGGGGGCCCUAAUGGGCAUGUUUGCAUCCCUCUCCAACAUCAACUCCAUCCCGUUCCAAGCUGCAAUGUUGACAGAGGAGUCAUGUGCGCGGAAGGUUGCGGGUUCAAGCUCCGUCUGUUGCUGUCGUUGUGCCUUUGGUCAAGACUCCUUACCUGCUGGUUGUGGUCAGCGGGACUGGUAGCAUCUGCUCAUGGCAGCCCCGCCUCUGUUGGUAUGUUCCACGGCAGCUGUGGCUACAAUGUGUGUGUGUGUGUCUGGGUGAAUGACUGUUUGUGUUGUAAAGCACCUUGGGGGGUUGUCUGUUACACCACAUCCUAAAGGUUCUGGGCUGAGAUCUGGUGUCCGUGGAGGUCGUAUGAGUCCAGUAAACCCACAGUCAUAUUCUAGAAACCAGUUAGAGACAUGGUGCAUUGUCCUGUUGGACAUAGCGUCAGAAGAUGGCCCAUGUGGUUUUAAAGGGAUGGACAUGGUCAGACAACACUCAGGUGGGGUUUAGGUGGUACUGAGUCCACAGUGGGACAGGAACCACCAUCAUCACAUUACCACCAUGCUGAGGCGUUGAUACAAGGCGGGAUGACCCAGCUGAGUCCAAACUGAUCAGACCAAGAAAGGUUUUCCAAUCUCCUCUGGUCCAGUUCUGGUGAUCCUAGGUGAAUUGUAGCCUCAGGUUCCUGUUCUUAGCUGCAGGAGAGACACCUGGUGCGAUCUUCUGCUGCUGGAGUCCAUCUGGAGCAGCCGCUGGUUCUGCAAACCUUUGGAACCAGAGGGGAUCUGUUGAUAUGUUUUAUUAUUCUUGUGGGACGCCUCAUGAUUUUUUUCAAGCAGCUGAACUGGCGUUCCUAAUAAAUACAGAACUUUAAUAAUAAACAACAGAUGAAUCCAAUUUAAAGCAAAUUGUUUGAAAUUAUAAACUCCAGAUGAAACACGUGCGUUGUCUCUCCUCCUCCUUCCUGUUGAGGGAGGAGCGCACCUCCUCCGGCUCAGUCGAGCGGCGGCUCUCCUCCGCGCGUCAUGCGCACAUCCUCACGCACCGGACACCGGAGACUCCCGACACACACACCGACACCGAGCGGCUCACUUGACGGAUUGUUGUAAUUGACCAGCAGAAGAGUUUUUCUAAUUUAAAGUUAAACUGAGAACUCUCUUCAUUUAUUCACUUUCUUAACUGUCAACGACAAUGACUCUGCACCGGAGGACGGGUUCCGGAGGCUGGAGGUUCGGUAGGACGCACCUGGUUCUGAUCCUGCAACUGACGAUUUGGGAAACGACGGAGUCCAUGCACCCAGACUGCGCUCUGGUGGUGCAGCACAUGGAGGCUCAGGAACAAUGCAGCCAGGUUCUCCAACAGGAGGAACACAACCACACCUCCAAAGCAGGUUGUCCAACACACUGGGACAACAUUGGCUGCUGGUACCGGGCCGAGGUGGGGCAGGUGGUCACCGUCUCGUGUGCCAACGUGUCCCAGCUGUUUGCUAACACUCAAGGAUUCGUUCACAUGAACUGCACUACAGAAGGAUGGUCCGACGUCUUCCCGCCCUAUGACGAUGCCUGUGGGUUUGCAGACGACGAUGAAGAAGAAACAGAGACGACGUAUUUCUCCAACUUUAAACAGGUGUACACGGCUGGGUACGCCACCUCACUCGUCUCGCUCAUAUCGGCUGUUUUUGUCUUCACCGUUUUCAGGAAGUUUCGCUGCACCAGGAACUACAUCCACAUCAACCUGUUCUUCUCCUUCAUCCUGAGAGCGAGCGCCGUCUUCAUCAAAGAUGUGGUUCUGUUCUCGGAUGAAAACCUGGACCACUGCUUCAUGUCUACGCCAGCCUGCAAGUCCGCCGUGGCCUUUUUCCAGUUCAGCAUCCUGGCCAACUACUUCUGGUUGCUGGUAGAAGGGAUGUACCUGCAGACGCUGCUCGCCCUCACCUUCGUCUUCCAGAAGAAGUACUUCUGGUGGUACAUUCUGAUUGGCUGGGGUCUCCCCACCAUCAUCAUCUCCACCUGGAUUCUCACACGAAACUUCUACGAUAACAGAGGGUGCUGGGAUGACACAGACGUGGCCUUCAUCUGGUGGAUCAUUAAAGCUCCAAUAACCGCAUCCCUGUUGGUUAACUUCAUCAUCUUCAUCAACGUGAUCCGUAUCCUGGUGCAGAAGCUGAGGUCUCCGGGAGUCGGCGGCAACGACACGAGUCACUUCAAUAGGAGACUGGCUAAGUCCACGCUGCUGCUCAUCCCUCUGUUCGGGAUGCACUACAUGGUGUUCGCCUUCCUACCUGAGAACACCGGAGCAGAAGCUCGGAUCUUCAUCGAGCUGGGUCUGGGAUCCUUCCAGGGCUUCGUCGUGGCUCUGCUCUACUGUUUCCUGAAUGGAGAGGUCCAGGCGGAGCUGAAGAAGCGGUUUUGGAAGUGGCAGACUCAGAGCUACCUGAGCCUCAGCAAACGACGCAGAACGCCGUUCACCGAAAGCAGCACGGUGACUCAGAUAUCCGUCCUGGAUAAAUCCAGCCCCAAAGACCAGCAGAGCUCUGAGACCCGCGCCCUCACAGCCAACAACGUGUCCACGGUGUGAAGAUCCGAAACCAAACCUCAGAGCCUCUGAGCCACAGGUACCAGUGAGCUCCGACCAGUCGACAGGCAGAGAUGAGAGUCUCUCUGGGCGACGGCUCCACACCAAACUCACCGAUCAUCCCUUAAAUAAUGAAAACGGGUUCUUCGUGCAGGUUUGUUCUGAUUGUUGUGGGUUUUUGUUUUUCCACAAACAAGAAGGAUUAAAGAGCUGUGAUGUUAAUUAUAACUAAAGUUAAGAAGAUUAUAUAAAAUAAGGAUUUUUUUUAUAUAUAUAGAAUUAUUUCCUCCCAAAUUUCCAUAUUUCACUCAAAAUCCAUCAAAUGAGUCAGCAGGUGUGAUUUCUAGACCUGCGGACGAAUUAAACAGUUUUCUGCUCUUUUCUCUGAUUUCUGAAGCUCUGUGAGGAGCUUUUGGUUUUCUCGGACUCUGAUGUUGUUAUUUGCUGAUUCUGGUGUUUAUGUGCCGUCGGCGGCUUGGCCUGCAACAUGUUGCACAGUGCAUUAGCGCACAUCUGGAGCACUAGACUGUAAAAGCUUUUUAAUUAGUCCGGUUAAUGUUUUGUUGCGUUCGUGUGAGUGCUGGUAGUUAAAAGCUAGAUGUUUGUUUUCUAAAACCACCACAGUAGAUUUAUUAGAUUGGAUGUCUAACAUCUUAUUUUUGUGUUUAAAGAGUAUUUUUCCUGUAAAAUACACAAAAUGUUCUAUAAAACUACUGAAUCUGGAGACAUUUUACUACUCAUAAAUUAUAAGACUGGAUAUUUAUGAAUUUGAUACUAAAAUUGUGUGUUUUUUAGACAGUUUAGGCACAGACUCUACUGUCCAUCCACACCAUGCACAUAUGUACAGUCUGGUUGCCUGGUUAGUAACCAGUUUGUGACCAUUCCAGUGCCUUCAUGUGUGUGUCUGUGCAGCUGAACUGCACUUCCUGUAUUUAAAUGUGCAAAAGUAAAAAUUCUGUUUGUGAUUC